UCCUAAAUUUAAGACAGUUUGGUCUCUGUUGCCUUUUCUGGAAUGUUCUGUAUCUUUUGGUGGCUUCACUUGGGCGUUGCAUUCGCCAGAGAACUGAAAAUAAAUCCGGUUUUUGCAAACAAAUAUAAGACUUCUUUGAAAUUGACGGACAUGUAAAAAAAAAAUAAAAUAAAAUAAAAACAUUGUUCACGGAAAAACAAAACGGAAGUUAUGUACAAUCACAUGCGUGUGUGUUAGUUUGACAUAUUCACUGAAACGGACACUGAACUCUUUCCACAUGGAUGUCCGUGUAUGGACAAGUAGCCAACCCCUAGCCCCAAGCUAUUGUAAUGUUCCUUACAUCGAGCAGCUGUAGUCAAUAGCGCAUGCUCAGUUACAUUGAGGCUAUUUUACCCGAAGAGAUCCACGCCUCCCAGGCCAGUCUGUGGGGUAUUAUUACUCCGCCCACCGAUAGGUUAUAAAAACCGUGGCGUGCAGCGCCAGUUGCUGACUGAACUGAAAGCUGCAGAACGUUUCAGACAGCAUCGUAGAGACCGGGCUAUUUUCAACUGCUUCAUACGCUUCCCAGUAGGUAUUUAUUUACUCUUUAAAUCGUCAGAUAGUUAUGUCUAUGGCCAUCGCAUUUUUCAAACAUGGAAGGGUUGUGGUUGAGAGAGCAGUGAAUAUCGGCGCUUUCUGUAGUAAGAAUUCUUGCCCCAAAAUCUCACGGGGGAUUUCAUCAACCAGCGGAAGAAAGAAUUUGGCAGCAGUAGCAGAGAGGCGUGUUCAGCAGCCCGCCGCAUGGGACAGUUUCGGAAUUUGGUUAGACGAGCCUGUUGUGCUUCCGCCUCGUUCAGUACAUACCAGCCACAACAUAAAAACUAACAUUCCCAAUGUUGGCUGUGCAAGUCAGAUUGGAAAAAGAAAAGAGAACGAAGACCGUUACUGCAUUGAAAAGCUUUCCGACAAUAUUUAUUUCUUCGCGGUGUUCGAUGGGCAUGGCGGAGCUGCCGCAGCAGAGUUUUGCUCCAGGAAUCUGCGACACUUCAUUAUGAGAAACAUUCAGCUGGAGUCUGAGCUGGAAUCAGUUCUAGUGAAGUCCUUCCUUCAAAUCGACAAUGCUUUCUUGCAGAGCAUUUACAGUUCAGGAGAAGAUGUUGUGCUCUCUGCUGGAACGACUGCGACAGUUGCCUUGUUGCGCAGUAAGACUGAGCUUGUGGUUGCAAGUGUUGGAGACAGUCCAGCUGUUCUCUGCCGUGAGGGGAAAGCAGAACCCUUAACUGAAGAUCAUAGCCCAAGGCGUAAAGAUGAAAGGCAAAGAAUUCAGCAGUGUGGUGGUUUCAUUGACUGGAACAGUUGUGGUGAGCCUUAUGUCAACGGAAGGCUAGCUAUGACUCGGAGUAUUGGUGAUGUCCAUGUUAAACCUUACGGAGUGACAGCAGAGCCUGAAAUUACUGCAGUAAAGUUGCAACAUAAUAAAGAUUGCUUCCUGGUUUUAACAACUGAUGGAGUUAGUGGGUUCAUUGAAGGACAGGAAAUGUGUGACCUUGUGAAGAAGUGUCAGGACCCAUCAGAAGCUGCUCUUAUUGUUGCUGAUCAAGCGCUACAGUAUGGAUCGCAAGAUAAUGUAACUACGAUGGUGGUGCCACUUGGCGCAUGGGGAAAAUACAAGAAUGCCCUGACAUCCUCAAGCUUUGGAAGAAUCAUGGUGGCUAGCGGCCGGUGGAGUUAACUGGAAAUGCAGUACGAUUGGUCUGUUGAGCCAUGACUGUUAUGUAUUUCUUGUACUGUUGUCACAUGUCUUAUUUCUUCAUGCCAUUGAUACUGUGAAAAAUGUUUGUCUUUUUUACUGUGCCCAAAGGAUUAAGUUGUAUAAUAUUGAUUUUUUUGUACUCUGCAAACCACAUCUGCUGUCCGCCUUUUGUUCUGAAAAGUGAAGCACAGCAAGCAGGACAUCUGGACCUAAGAGGUUCUUGUACCAUACAUUUUGUUUAUGAAAGUUUACAGAUUUGUGCUGCAAUGCACUUCAAAAAGUGCCAUUUUCAUCACUCCUCCCCAUUUUAGCUUCAGAUGGAACCAUUUGUUUUAAACCAGAGGUUGUAGUAGGCUGACAAUGUUUUUUUGUGGGGGGGACGGACUGAUGAAUGUAUUUUAAUUCAUUGUAUAGCUGUAAAUUUAUGUAGCAUAAAUGUUUGUAAAGAAAAAACUAAUUAUUUUAAAGAUGCAUUGUAAAGUGUGUGUUUGUUUUUUUUUUUUGGGGGGGGGGGGGGGGUUGCUUGAACAAUUUACAAAAAUGCUGGUUAGAUUGUUCAGCCCAGUUAUUUUUGGUUGAAAAGCAGAUGAACCACUAAUUAGAUAGAUUUGUUAAAUUCCCUACAAAAUACAUGUAUUUUUUCUUUAUAUACCUUAUUGUGGUGUUGGUGGUCUCACGCUGUAAAAAGUGUUACCUGAAAUAUAUUUUAAAAUUAAAAUGUUUCCACUCCUCA